AUGAGAUUCUUCACCCAUGCUUUUGCCGCAAUUGCGGCCAUUACGCCGUUCUUAUCAACAUCUAUGGCCCAGAGCGGGGCACCGGUGGCAUACACAGACCCGGAUACAGGCAUCGCCUUUGAUACCUGGUCUGUUCCAGAGUCCCUGAGUAAGGGAGGGUUUACGUUUGGCAUCGCUCUGCCAUCCGAUGCUCUGACCAAAGAUGCUACCGAAUUCAUCGGCUACUUGCUAUGUUCCUCGACGAAUGCUACCUUCACAGGUUGGUGUGGUGUUUCGCUUGGGGGUACAAUGACCGAUUCCCUUCUCCUGCUGGCCUACCCCAAUGGUGAAGAUAUCCUCACGUCCUUCCGUUACACCACAGAAUACCACAAGCCGGACGUCUACACCGGAAACGCCAAGCUAACCCAGAUCUCGUCCGCCAUCAAUGCAACGCACUACUCCUUGAUCUUCAGAUGCUCAAACUGUCUGCAGUGGACUCAGGGCGGCGCGAGUGGAAACGCCACCACGAGCGCAGGUCUGGUGAACUUGGGAUGGGUCCAGUCCUUUGCAGCUCCGGGGAACCCCGGCUGUCCAUCUGAUAUUAGCCUCCAUUAUCACGACAACGGACACAACAUCUGGGCGGCUACGCUGAAAAACGCGCCCAAUAAGUCCUACACAGACUGGACUAAGCUACCCCAAACCACCGUCACGGGAAGCUGCUCCACAACAGCCGCACCAUCCUCGACGAGGAUCCCGUCUUCCUCUACCCGAGUCCCGAAACCAACGACCACUCCAAAUUAA